AUGACUUACAUCAACCAUUCCAAUGGCCGAGCAGUAACUCGUCCACAUCUUCCUUGGUCUAGUGGUGAUGAUUUCCGCUUGUCAUUAAAACCGAUAAGCGCGGGAGACCGGGGUUCGAUUCCCCGAGGGAGAGAUUUCUUUUUGAACCUGCUUUGCUCAUCUGGCCCUAAAAGGUCCGCUGCCCCAUAUAUCAAAACUGGGCCAAAUUCUUCAAGGCCGGCUGGCCCAAUGGCAAGGCGCUUGACUACGAAUCAAGAGAUUGCAGGUUCGAUCCCUGCGUCGGUCAAUUAA